UUUAAUGAGUGUUUGUUCUGCGUAGAAGUUUCCUCUUAGCCUAUCUCCGAACUUUGUUACGUACUGUUGUCGUAGUUGUCAUUUUUCUACAGUUUCUUUAAUAUGGAGAUGGAGUGAAAUUAUCAACUGUGGUUUGUGUUAUUGCGAUUUCCACCGGUGGAAAGAGAUGGCCGAAGUGCCUAAAUUGCUGUAUAUAGUCGUUGUGGACGACGGAGGUAAGAAAGAUGGGAAUGACUCCUUCCGAUACAUUCGAUCGAUGCUGCAGAGCACCCUGCAGCUCAUGGGAUGCAAACCGCGGCAUGCGUUCAAGAUUAGCCGGAGGGUUUUUGAAGUGAUGAGAAGUGAAUUCUCAGCCAAUGCCUUGCCGCAUAUGCCGAUGAAAAAUUUAGGAUUGAAUGAUUUGGAAGAACACUCUCAAAAAGAAAACAGUUGUUCCAUUUGUGGUUGUUUGGGUAAAGGAGAGGUUUGCAACCAUUUGGUUUCCAAGGAAGAUGAGAGAACAAAUAGUAAACCAUUUGACUUGUACAAAAGACGCACUACUGUUGUUGUUAAAAGAGAGACAUUCCUGGAUGUUGUUUGUGAUGUUCUUGCCGAAUACAAGUAUGUUGGUCCCAAUCAGAGGGCGGACUUGGUUUUGGCAUGCAGAAUUCGAGAAAGAAAGGAAUCUGUGACUGUGCUGUUAUGUGGGACAAGUGGGUGUGGCAAGUCUACUUUGUCUUCGUUGCUGGGUGGCAGAUUGGGCUUCACAACUAUGGUCUCUACUGACUCAAUUCGACACAUGAUGCGGAGCUUUGUUGAUGAAAAGCAAAACCCUCUACUCUGGGCAUCAACCUAUCAUGCUGGUGAGUUCCUGGAUCGAGUGGCAGUUGCGGAAGCAAAAGCUAAAAGGAGAGCAAAGAAAUUGGCACACAUUUCCCACACUCUACCCAAGGAUGAGGCCUCUGAUGAAGCUGUAAACAAAAAAUCAGAUUCCAGGCCAGCAGAUGCUGGUUCCAGUACCUCUGAACUCAUUGGUCCAAAACAAAUGGCCAUUGAGGGAUUCAAAGCGCAGAGUGAGAUGGUUAUUGACAGCCUUGAUCGGCUGAUUACCGGAUGGGAGGAGCGGAAAGAAUCAGUAGUUGUUGAGGGUGUCCACUUAAGCCUCAACUUUGUGAUGGGGCUAAUGAAGAAACAUCCUUCAAUCAUACCAUUCAUGAUUUACAUCACAAAUGAGGAGAAACACUUGGAACGAUUUGCAGUUCGUGCAAAGUACAUGACGCUAGACCCCGCAAAAAACAAAUACGUUAAAUAUAUUCGCAACAUAAGAACAAUUCAAGACUAUCUGUGUAAUCGCGCUGAUAAGCAUCUAGUACCCAAAAUAAAUAACACAAAUGUGGACAGGAGUGUGGAAGCCAUUCAUGCCACUGUGUUCAGCUGCCUUCGACGACGUGAAGCAGGGGAGCAGCUGUACGACCCCACCACUAACAUGGUUGUGGUGAUAGAUGAGGACUACCGGAAGCAAAAUGCUGCCAACACACUGAGUUCCAAGGGGAUGUUCCAACUGAUACAGAGAAAGGGAUCUUCUAGACAUCUAAUGGCUCUUCUCAAUACAGAUGGUUCUGUGGCCAAGGCUUGGCCUGUUGACUCUAUUGGUGACAAUAGAAAGCCCAUCUCAAACCAAAGGAGCGAGAAAGGUAUAGGGGGUCCAAUGUAUGGACCCUUGCAGAUUGGCAAGGCAGAGCCAGUUAACCUUCAGUUUGGGAACUUUGGGAUCAGUGCAUGGCCCAGUGAUACAGGUGGGACAAGUCAUGUUGGAAGUGUUGAUGAGUCAAGAGCUGAUGGAACUGAUACUGGGAGCAAAUAUUACUCUUCCUGCUGUAGCUCACCAAGGAUGUCUGAUGGACCUGCGAAGGAGCUUAAAGAGGAACAGUCGGUUUCUGGCACUGAUGAAGAAGCUGAUGAACCAUAUGAGGGGGGCAGUGAUGAGGAUCUUAGUGAUUUCAGUGAAAGGCAGAUACAUGAAGAGUGUUUGUUGUUACAGAUUGAGGGUUCAGUCGAUGAGGAGUCAACGAAGUCCGAUGAAGAAUAUGAUGAUUUAGCAAUGCUGGAUGGGCAAGAGACUGGUUAUUGGUGUGAUGAUGAUGAAGAAUCCAAGGCAAAGAUAGUACCAAUAUCUAGUGAUCCUGAUACUAACAGUAUUGAAAACCUGAAAGAGGACAAGUACAAAGAGAAUUUGGAUCUCUUUCUGAGAACAAGUAAGGAGCCUUUGUCUGAGCCAUUGUGCUCAUACUCUGCACUCAUGGAGAAGAAUCAGAAGAAAAUGCCGGCUGGGGGCAAUACCAGGAGGAUGAGGAAACGUUCUCUCAGCAUUCCUGCAUUGGGGAAGCAUGGUUCAUUGGGUAAAGGGCCCAUUCUUUCUGGAGCACCUCAGAGGUAGCAAAUUUUUAAAUCUCUUAAGAGACAUUUGUGAAGGCUCCUGUUGGAGCAUUUGGCAACCCCAUUAGAUUUUUAGUUUUAAUUUUUCCUUCUUUUACUAGU